CUCCCCCGAUGCUUCAAGGAGCACCUGUCGUCCCAACAUCCUUUGCGUUUCCAAUAUGGAAGAACUGGCGGUGGAGGUCCGUGGCUCCAACGGGGCUUAUUAUAAGGGCUUUGUCAAAGAUAUCCACGAUGACUCUCUCACCAUUGCCUUUGAGAACAAUUGGCAGCCAGAGCGCCAGGUGCCCUUUAGUGAUGUCAGGUUGCCACCGCCCGCUGACGCCAAGAAGGAGAUGGGAGAGGGCGAUGAGGUGGAGAUCCUCUCCAGAGCUAAUGAGCAGGAGCCUUGUGGUUGGUGGCUGGCUAAAGUCCGCAUGAUGAAGGGAUCUUUCUAUGUGAUAGAGUAUGCAGCCUGCGACGCUACCUACAAUGAGAUAGUGACCUUUGAGCGUCUGCGUCCUGUCAACCCUAACAAGGCCAUCACCAAGAACUCCUUUCACAAGUGCACUGUCCCUGUUCCUCAGGAUCUACAAGAAGCGUGCCAGAAUGAGAAUGCCCAUAAGGACUUUAAGAAAGCUGUUGGAGCCUGUCGCAUCUCAUACUGCCCUGAGACCAGCCAACUACUGAUUGUGUCCACCAAUGAGUCGACAGUGAAGCGUGUGUCCUUGCUGAGUGACAUGCACCUGCGCAGCAUCAGGACCAAGCUGCUCUUAAUGUCACGCAACCAUGAGGCCACAAAACACCUGGAGAGCUCCAGGCAGCUGGUGUCGUCCUUCCAGGAGGAGUUCACUGUGAGAACGGAUCUGAUGGGCCUGGCCAUCGGCAGUCAUGGCAGCAACAUCCAGCAAGCACGGAAAGUUCCAGGUGUCUCUGCCAUUGACCUGGAUGAGGAGACUGGCACUUUCAGGAUUUAUGGAGAGACAGCAGAGGCAGUGAAGAAGGCCAGGAACUACCUGGAGUUUCUGGAGGACUCUGUCCAGGUGCCCAGGAACCUUGUUGGCAAAGUGAUUGGUAAGAAUGGUAAGGUCAUCCAGGAGAUUGUGGACAAGUCUGGUGUGGUGAGGGUCAGGAUAGAAGGAGACAAUGACAACAAGCAGCCCCGACAGGAAGUAAGCCUGCUACUCGUCUUUACCGCUACUGAUGAAACUGCUUGUAGAGCAUCAUUUUGUGUUAUCUAUACAAAUAAUGUGGACACGCUCUUUCUUCUUCACUCACUCAGUCCCAUACUAACAUGUGUGUUGUGUUUUUUUGUUUUGUUGACACAGGGAAUGGUCCCAUUUACCUUUGUCGGUACUAAGGAGAGUAUUGGCAAUGUUCAGGUGUUGCUGGAGUACCACAUCUCUUACCUCAAUGAGGUUGAGCAGCUUCGUCUGGAGAGGAUGCAGAUUGAUGAGCAGUUACGUCAGAUCACCCAGGGCCACCGCCCGGGUGACAGAGAGAGAGGGGAAAGAGGAGGAGGGUAUAAUGCAGAUGGCAGUGCCAAUGCUUCCUCGUCUUCUUUACACGGCAGUCGCUCCUACAACGGUCGAGGGCGUGGGCGCAGAGGCCACGGCUACAGCACUGGAUAUGGCACCAACUCAGAGCAGUCCAACGCCUCUGAGACUGAUUCAGAGCGCAGGGAUGAGCUCAGUGACUGGUCUCUUGCUGCAGAGGACCAGGACAACAGGGAGAGGGAGAGAGGCUCCAGACCACAAAGAGAUGGCCGUAGGAGGCCUGGACCUGGUCGAGGCAGAGGAGGGCCUGGAGGACGUGGGAGAGGAGGAAGAGGAGGAUACAGCAACAGCUCUGCAGGGCAUCAGUACCAUGAGGAUAAUCAUGGCUACGGAGCCGCAGAGACAAACACUGAGACUGACCAGACAGCUGAUACAGAUGCCAGCGAGUCCAACUUGCCUGCAAACCGCCGCAGAAGAUCUCGGCGGCGCAGGACAGACGAGGACACCACACUGAUGGAUGGCAUGAGCGAGUCAGACAACGCUUCAAUGAGUGAAAAUGGAAUAGAUGACUCAGAAGCUAAACCUCAGCGCCGUAACCGUAGUCGGCGUCGCCGUGUCCGCCUGCCUGAGGAGAGGCAGCCAGUGACGGUGGCUGACUACAUAUCCCGGGCUGAAUCUCAGAGCAGACAGAUGACCGCCACCAAGGACAACAAGAAAAACAAGGAUGUGGGUCAGGUGGAUGCCAUUGCAGAGGACAGCCCACCGUCUGCCCCGGCAACCACCAAUGGUUCUAAAGAUGCUGCCAGUGAGGGCAGCAACGCCACCGGAGAUGUCGCCAAAGUCUCCUACCAGGGGGACUCUAACCCGCAACCAGUGGUAAACGGACUCUCUUAGUCGGACUUGAGCAAAGGAAAUGGUUUCAAAUAUUUGAAAUUCUUUGGCUGCACAUAAUUUAAUCUCUGAGUCUUUGGGGCAGCCUUUAAAAUGAAACAUUCAAACACAAGCACUGUUGUUUUGGUUUUUUUUUUUACCUGACAAGUAUUUGAAACCUGUUCCACGGUGCAAGUUUAGAGUUCUGAACCUCAGCCUCCCCUUUACAUACACGUUCUGUCCACUUAUUCAUUUUAAAACAGUUUUUUUUUACAAUAGUUCUUCCUGUAUGAGCUUGCCAAAGAUAGUCAAACACACACUUACAGAUGUACUUAAACUGUACUUUUCAGUCCACUCUUCGUCGGAAGCUCAGGGAGAGGUCGGACUGAUGCAGUAUUUAUAAAAUGCAGACAGGGAUUCCACUCAAACCCAUACUAUGGUAUCAAUGCAGCAAUUCCUUUUUUUAUCAGUCAAAAUAAUAUCAAAGCAGGAUUUUAGAAAAGCAACACGUCCGACUCCGAAAGAUGCUUCCACGACAUAUUUCAGGAUGUUCUGUGCAUCUGUAGUUUGUAAAUUAAAUAUUCUGCAUGAGCAGUACCACAGUGCAGAUAGGUUUGUUGGAAACCCAAGUAUGUUUGACAUACACGUGAUCAUCUGUUGUGCCUUGAGAGUAGAUUCAACAUGUUGUUGCCUGGCUCUGCACACCAUCUGAAAUCUUUUCACUCGUCUCUGUUACUCGGUCACCCUCGCCUGCCACAGUCGAACCACAUGAGUUGUCUUCUUGUGCUAUAUGUACCCUUAUGGCACUGUAGGCAGACGGAGGCAAACACUGAAAGACCCUGAAAGGAUUUCAGAGGCAUCUCUUUUUAAAAUCAGGUGUGUCUAUUCUUAAUGUUUGUGGGGAAAUGAGUCCAGUUAUCAUUUAUAUAUAUAUAUAUAUAUAUCUGUUGAGGAGUUUGACAUUAGCUGCUUUCUGUUUUUCAAUAUGCAACCACUUUGGUCAUACAAGAAAUGUUAUUACAGCAUCGUCUGGAAAAGAAACAAACAAUAGAGGUUUUCUUUGCACUGAAACAUAACCUUUUUUCUGUUAAAAAGUUGAUUGUAGUUAAGUCUGGAAACUGGCCUGUUUACUGUUAAGUGCUGGACAGAGAUGUAGCCAUCAGCGCUGGGUUUCCUGGAAACAUUGCCAAACAUCGGGUACUUUCUGCAAAUGUAUGACAAGACAGAUGAGUGUUGUUUUCUCCCAAAAUCCAAAUCAAAAAGCCAGUUUGCGGUAUCUUGGACGUUAAUAUCCACUUCUACGUGCCCACUAAAGCAAAAGUCCUGUUUUAAGUACCCUGGUGUUGAAGAUGUUUCUGGAAAACCAAGCCCAGGUGACAAUGAUGUCAUUUUCAUGGUUCUUCCACAGACUGGCUGGCUGGAAACUGGUCAUGACUGUUCCACUGAGGAAGGAGAUUUAUUUGGUUUAUUUAUUUAAAAAAUGUACAGUAUUUAAAAAAAAAAAAAAAAAAAAAGCAAAAACAAGAGAAGCUCUUCUUUUUCUUGACACUAAAAACAUGUGUAACCUAGAGUUUCCUUUCGAGACAAAUGACAAUUUGGACUACUGAGAGUUGUGACAUCCCAAGUGUUUUUGUUGGGUCAACUACAGUAUGUUUUUUUUUUUUUUUUUUUUAAGGAUCAUUCUGGUUGGUUGAUGUGCAAUAUGUUUUGUAUGCAGUUAGUUCUUAAAUAAACUUGAUCUUCCAUGUAGAUCUAAAA